AACCCCCGACAGUUCUCCUAGUCACUGAAAGGGAAUUCAAAGCAAAGAAGAACAAGAAGCUUCCCUUGCAUUUUGGAAGACCCCACCAUCACCAUUGAUCUGCGCUUUGUCGUCGACUCUCCACACCACAUCUCUUCCUCCACUUCAGCCUCACACCCGAUCCCCUUCCCCGAUCGCCAGCACCAGCACCAGCACGUUUUCCGUGGGAACCUCUGGUGUAAAUAGACGAUCCAUAAAAGAAGAAAACAAAUUUCAUUCUUGACACUCGACUUUCACGUAAGUGAAGACAAAUACAGUACAGCACAUUGUACCCAGCAUCAUGUCGGCCUCUCCUUCCAACCUUCAGUCGACCAAGCGUCCUCUCGAGGACCCUUCUUCUCCUUCGGCCCCCAACGAUCAGCCCGAGGCCAAGCGACCCGCCCUGGACAAAGUAGUGCGCAGCGACGCCGAGGCCGAGACGGACGUGUCGAGCAACCAGAUCCCCGCUGUUGAGGGCUCAAAGGAUACCCAAGGUGACACAGUCGUCCCCGAUGCACCCAAUGGCAAGGAUCAUCCCGAGACUCAGCCUAUCCAGUCGACCGCAUCUCACGGUGAACGAGCUGGCUCCCAGUCUGACCAGCACACCCCCCAGGACGAGUCAAACUGGAUUCACAUUCGCGCGGUUAUCUCCAGCCCGGAGGCCGCCACAGUGAUCGGAAAGGCAGGUGAGAAUGUUUCCCAGAUUCGCCGUCUGUCCGGCGCCAAGUGCACCGUCAGCGAUUAUUCUCGGGGUGCCGUAGAGCGGAUCUUGACCGUCAGCGGCCUCCAGGACGCGGUGGCUAAGGCAUUCGGACUAAUCAUUCGUACCCUGAACAAUGAACCCCUCGAGGCCCCUUCCACUGCCCAGUCCAAGACGUACCCGCUGCGUUUGCUAAUCCCACACAUUCUCAUCGGCUCAAUUAUCGGCAAAGGUGGUAGCCGUAUUCGUGAGAUCCAGGAGGCAUCUGGUGCACGACUCAACGCUUCGGACGGCUGCUUGCCGCUGUCGACCGAGCGCUCUCUCGUCAUCCUGGGUGUUGCGGAUGCCGUACACAUUGCGACCUACUACGUUGCCGUUACGCUCGUGGAGCAACUGAAGGAACGGUUCAACGGCCCUGCUGCUUCGGCCUACGCUACCCGUAGCGGCGGUCCCGCCGGUGCCGUUCCUGGUGGCAUGCAGGUUGCUCCCUAUGUUCCACAGCCCGCUGGCGGCCAGUACGGCCACCCCGACACCUUCAAGCGCCACAACCCCCACCCCAACCGUGCUCAAGCAGGUAACUACGGUGUCCCGUAUCUGCACGGUCAACCUGCCCCGGCUCCUGUUGGCCAGCCUGCCAUGCCUUACGGCGGUGCACCUGCUCCCUACGCUGGUGGUGCUCCUCACCAGCCAGCUCCUUACGUGGGUGGCCCGCAGCCGACACCUGGUCGUGCAGGUCCACCUGCACCGGCUCCGGUGGGAGGUGCCAUGCCUGGUCAGCCAAUGACACAGCAAAUUUUCAUCCCCAACGAUAUGGUUGGAGCCAUCAUUGGAAAGGGCGGAGCCAAGAUUAACGAAAUACGCCAUCUUAGUGGCAGUGUGAUUAAGAUCAACGAGCCGCAAGAGAGCAGCAACGAGCGUCUGGUGACAAUUACUGGUACUCAAGAGUGCAACCAGAUGGCUCUGUACAUGCUCUAUUCCAGACUUGAAAGCGAGAAGCACCGUGUCUAAGUCUGAACAUUUUUCUCUUCUACCAUGGGAGCUUGGCAAAUGCCGAGCCCAAAAAGUCCACGGUGGUUUACGACAAUUCUGCUUUUCUCUUUGUGUUAUUUCCUUUCAUCUUCAAACUCACACGGGUGUUGACGUUUUUCUAACCCCUUUCUUUCUCGCUGUAUCUUAUUCGAGGCGUGUGAUUGAAACGUUGCCUCCUAAUAACCAAUCCCACGAAUUUGUCCCCGUCACCCUACCCUCUAUUCCCGUAGCCCUGAACAUGCUUUCAUCACUCCCAACCCUCUCCCAGUUGACCACCAAACACAUUGAACUGUCAAGAAAGCCAAAGAAAACACCAUUUUCAUUCCUAAGACCAACACCUUGAUUUAUUAAUUCACAUGCCGUUCUCCA